CCAGCGCAAAAUCUUAUGCAACUUUGCAUUUACCAAAACGUUUCUAUAUACAGAAAGUCAAUUAUACCCUAUAGAUGAUUGCGGGUGAGGCAUAAAUUCAAAAGCAGUUGAGGACUUAAGUUCAGGGAAAAGACUAUAAACGAAGUAGUUGAGGAGCACAAGGGCAACAUCACAUCGAAGGUGCAUUGCAGUGAGGAUGACAAAGUCAUAUGACACAUCUUCAAGGAAUAAUUAAAAAACAAUAAAGUCUUCUUGAAAAACUGCAAGUGCUUCACCAGAUAAAGGACCCAACAUCACAGAGUGUAGGUAGGCCGUAGGCUAUACAAAAUGGGAGAAUCGAGUGUGUGUAAAAACAAAUUGGAAGGGAAGGUAGCCAUAAUUACCGGUGGAGCAAGUGGCAUCGGUGAGGCAACUGCACGUGUCUUCUCCGAACACGGCGCACGUGCCAUUAUCAUCGCCGAUAUCCAAGACGAACUAGGCCAAAACCUAGCCUCAUCAAUCGGUUCCCACUUCUGCACCUUCAUCCACUGCGAUGUCACCAACGAAGAUCAGGUCAAAUCCAUGGUGGAAUGGACGGUCCAGAAAUAUGGUCAACUGGAUAUCAUGUUCAGCAAUGCCGGAAUCGUAAACCGCUCGGAUCAGACUGUUCUCGAUCUCGAGUUUUCGGCCUUUGACCGCCUCUUCGCGGUGAACGUGCGGGGGAUGGCAGCAUGCGUGAAGCAUGCGGCGCGUGCGAUGGUGGAUCGGGGCGUGAAGGGAUGCAUCGUGUGCACGGCGAGUGUGGCGGGAAGCCACGGCAUGGGCAGGCGGACUGACUACUGCAUGUCGAAGCACGCGGUGGUAGGGCUGGUUCGGUCCGCGAGUAAGCAGCUGGGAGAGCACGGAAUAAGGGUGAACUGCGUGUCGCCGCACGGAAUCGCGACGCCGAUGAUGUGCAAAGCGCUGGAGAUGGAGGCGGACGAGGUGGAGAAAGUGUAUGAGGCUCGCACAAGACUGAAAGGGGUGUUGAGAGCGAGACACGUGGCGGAUGCUGUUCUGUUUCUUGCUUCUGAUCAGUCCGCUUUCGUCACAGGGCACGAUCUGUCGGUGGAUGGGGGGUUCUCAACUUGAUAUCCAGGAUCCAACAUCCCACACCCGAUGAUUCUCGGAUAGUGGAAAUGACCCGUCCGUUUGUUUGUGUACUAGCCACUAGGUGCGUCCAAGACCCCAAACAGAUUAGAUCAAUCCAAAAUAUCUCUGAUGCUCGGCCACUCUUGUGAGCCAAUAAGCAUAAUUUCUAAUUAAGGAGUAAGAUAAUGUAGUGGUAAAUCAAAGCUUUAUUGGUUUGUUUUGGCUUGGGUUCUAGUCUAGUGCUUGCACCUCCAAAAUUGCUGCCCCACCGAGAUAUCUUCUUAAUAUUUCCAUCGAUGGUGGUCUAUAAACCGUCUGUGAUAUAUUCCAAAAUUUUCAAUCA